AUGUCUCCCGUGCGGAUCACACGAAUAUUAUUCGAACAUCAUCCUGACGGCUUCGGGAUUGGCCAUGCCAAACCACGAUUAUCAUGGCGCUUCUCUUCAGAAGGUGCGGAUUUCAAAGACUGGUCCCAGGAAUCUUACGAGAUCAAAAUUGGCGCGUCCAAGGACGAUAUUGGUCAAAUAUACAGCAUUCAAAGCUAUAGCUCCGUCCUGGUGCCUUGGCCAGGUCCUCCGCUUUGCUCCCGCCAAUCUGCUUGGGUUCAGAUCAGAGCGCAUGGUACAGCGACAGAUGCCAACGAUGGACAACGACACGCUGCAAGCACAGAAUGGUCCGAUACAACUUCUGUGGAAGUGGCGUUGCUUAUUGCCACUGAUUGGACCGCGAAAAUGAUCUCUUCACAACUGCCAGUGGCUGGCAACGAGCCACUUCGGCCCUUGCUGUUUCGACGACCAUUCACUCUGCCUAAAGAAAUGACCAGCAUCCACAAAGCACGUCUGUACAUCUCGGCACAUGGUUUGUACAGAGCUCACAUCAACGGCUGCCGUGUUGGCAACGAAGAAAUGGCUCCAGGUUGGACCAGCUACAACCACCGACUGCAUUAUCAGGUGUAUGAUGUUACUUCCACUUUGCGAUCCGUCGAACCUAACGUGUUCGGCGUAGAGGUUGCGGAAGGUUGGUUUGCUGGUCGCCUUGCAUGGGAAAACAAACGCUACCACUACGGAGACCGACUGGGAUUCGUAGCACAGCUCGAAAUCUACGGAGAAGACGGCCAAGUGCUAAAAGUGGUAUCAGACCAGGAUUGGAAAUCUUGUCACAGUGCAACAACUCGGAGCGAGAUCUACGACGGCGAAGAGUAUGACUUUCGCCUAGAGCAAGCUGGCUGGACCGAUGACCCAGCCUUUGACGCGGCCUCAUGGUGCGGAACGGUCCAAGUCCCAUUUCAAUGCGCGACACUUGUGGCUCCGGACUCGCCACCUGUGAGAGAAAUCGAAACCGUCGCACCUGUUAAAAUAUGGAAAUCGGAAGGCGGCAACACCUUGAUUGACUUUGGACAGAACCUUACUGGAAAACUCCAGGUGCAGCUUCCGUCCUCUACCAACCAGCCUCUGGAGGGCCACACGAUUUCCUUUAAGCAUGCGGAGGUCCUCGAACUCGGCGAGCUAUGCACUCGCCCGCUGAGGUCGGCCAAGCCAGUGGAUAGCGUCACACUCUCUGCCACUCAGCCAGCUACAUGGUCGCCCAAGUUCACAUUUCACGGCUUCCGCUAUGCUCAAGUCGAUGGUUGGCCGACUCAACUUGGACUGCCUACCAGUAAUGACAUCAAAGCAGUCGUCAUGCAUAGCGACAUGACUCGAACGGGCUGGUUCUCCUGCUCUGAUCCGUUAGUCAACCAGCUUCACGAGAAUGCGAUAUGGAGUAUGAAGGGCAACUUCCUCUCCGUACCAACUGACUGCCCUCAACGCGAUGAGCGCCUGGGCUGGACUGGUGACAUUCAACUUUUCACGCCCUCCGCGAGCUUUCUCUAUGGCAUCUCCGGAUUCAUGGGCAACUGGCUUGCUGAUCUUUCUGCUGAGCAGCUCGAAGACAGGAGAAAGGGUGUGCCGGGAGUGGUGAUUCCAGACGUGCUAAGUAUACCACCCAAUCCUCCGGAUCCUCAGUGCGCAUGGCAUGAUGUGACUGUUCUUACGCCGUGGGAUUCUUACAUCAGCUCCGGCGAUCGAGAACUCUUGCGUGCACAGUAUGCAAGCAUGAAAGCCUGGGUCGACCAAGGCUUGCCUAGAGGAGCGAACGGCCUGUGGGAUCAGAACGUCUGGCAAUAUGGUGACUGGCUCGAUCCCACUGCGCCGCCAGAGGAGCCCGGGAAGGCCGCGACCGAUUCCUUAUUAGUCGCUGAUGCCUAUCUGGUACGAGUGCUAGAGACCAUCACGAAAGUCAGCGCAAUCCUUGGCGAGUCGGAAGAUCUGCUUCGUUAUACUGCAGACGCCGCCAAGGUGAGGGCGGCAUUUCAACACGAGUAUGUUACUCCUGCAGGACUCCUUGCCAGCGACACGCAAACGGCCCAUGCGCUGGCUCUUGUCUUUGGACUGUUCAACACUCCAAAUCAGAUGGCUUCAUCUGCAGAUCGACUGGCGCACUUGGUACAUUCCGCCCGGUACCGCAUCGCCACAGGAUUCGUCGGUACCCCUCUCAUUACACAUGCCCUUUCUGACAGCGGAAAUCACCAACUCGCCUAUCGCAUGCUAUUGGAGAAGAGCUGCCCUUCAUGGCUCUACCCGAUCACAAUGGGUGCGACCACGAUUUGGGAAAGAUGGGACAGCAUGCUUCCCGAUGGGUCGAUCAAUCCCGGUACUAUGACCAGUUUCAACCAUUAUGCGCUCGGUUCAGUGGUGAAUUGGCUUCACAAGAAUGUAGCUGGACUAAGCCCACUGGAGCCAGGCUGGCAAAAAAUCCGAGUACGACCUGUUCCUGGCGGUACGAUUACCAAUGCUGAAGCUACAUACGACAGUCCAUACGGGCGAAUUGAGUGUUCGUGGAAGGUUUCGGAGAAGGAUGGGACAUUCCAUCUUACUCUCAGCAUUCCACCGAAUUCGCAAGCUGUUGUCAUCCUGCCAUCCGAGUGGAAGAAAGCUGGUCCUGGCGAGGAGAAGGGCAUCGAAGUCGGGUCUGACGGACGACUCAUCAUCUUUGCUAUCAUAUUCACUUUCAUUAGCAUGGCGUCUACAAAGGACAAGCACGAAGCCAUUUGCCUCGAGACCACGGCAGAAGACCCCGACGCCGCCAUCUCGUCCGAUAUCACCAAGACCGACAGCUACGGCCUCCUGAAGUCGAGAUAUGACGAGCUGUCCAUUCCACGUACCCUGUGGGUAUUCAGGCGCGUCGUGCUGGUCUCGCUCGCGGUGUACACGGGAUAUGUUUGCGAAGGAUUCGAACUCAAUGCGGGUGGCAGUGUGAUUGCCAAUGCCGGCUUCAUUAAACAAUUUGGGAACCAUGAAAAGGAAGGCGUCAGAGCUCUUGAUCCCACCUGGGUGUCUACUUGGAGCGCGCUGUUGAAUGUGGGACAGCUUGUCACGUUCACCUACAUCUGGUGGUUCGCAGACCGUUUCGGCCGCAAAGCAUCCUUUUACGUCGCAUGGGUGUGGCUGGUGGUUGGCUGCGUAUUCCUCAACACCGCCAAAACGCCCUCGACAUGGGCACUCGCCAAACUCUGCAACGGAGCCGGAAUCGGCGUCCUCCAAAUCGUCUGCCAAGUUUACGUGAUGGAAAUCUGUCCCAACAAAAUCCGCGGCGGCAUGGUCACUUUCCAACAAGUCUGGAGCAACAUCGGAGCCAUCAUCGUUGCGGUGAUGAUGCAACAACUCAACAAGAAACACCCGGAUAACUAUCUCCUCGCCAUGCGGAUCCUGUGGGCGCCGAUUGGAUUGAUGAUUGUGUUUUGGACAUUUAUUCCAGAAUCGCCGUGGUAUCAUGCUCGACGCGGCGAGAAGGAGAAGGCGAUGAAGUGUUUGCGUCAGCUGUUUGGCGGAGUGGAAGGGUAUGAUUUUGAGGAAGAGUAUGGGAUUAUUGCCAGGACGAUUCAACAUGAGCAGGAGAUCAAUCAGGAAAAACCGAGUUUUGCAGAUGUGUUUAGGGGGUUGAAUUUGAAACGAACCCUUAUUUGUGUUGUUCUCAGCAUUUCGACGCAGUUGUGUGGACUGGCCAUUAUCAAUACCUAUUCGACUUACUUCUUCUCCCUCGUCGGUCUGGAAGACCCGUUCCUAGGAACUCUCAUCCUCAGCUGUGUCAACCUCCUGGCAGUCGCCAUGUGGUCUCUAUCCACUGACAAGUUCGGUCGCCGCACCAUCGUCAACUCGUGUCAAACCUUGGUCGUCGUUAUUCUAUUCGCAGUAGGUGCACUAUAUUGGACGGGUGCAACAACGGGUAACAAGAAAGCUGGCGCUGCUCUGUUGGUCAUCUGCUGCUUCUGGACAUUUGCCUUCCAGAUCAUCGCAUUGUCCUACUACCUCUUCUCCGCCGAACUGCCAGCCGCUCUUUUACGCAUCAAGACUGGACCAAUUACUUUCUUUUCCAACUCCAUCUUGGGAAUCGCGACCUGCGCCCUAGAGUAG